UCAACAGAGCUCUAACAUGGAUGGAAGCUUAGAUGCUACAUUCUCUGUUGUAGAAAUCGAAAACAUUUCCAGCAUCGAAGGAAGUAAAUCGGCAAAAUUGGCACACAAGUGUAUGGAGGUCUAUAAUAAGUUAGAACCAGGAAUGAAUUUUAGCAAUCCAGAUAUGACUAUGGGCAAUAGUUCAAUCAAUCCAAUAAAUACUACUUACACCAUCAACGGAGCAGUAGCAGAACCAUUAGAUUUUGUAAAUAAAAAUCUUACGAAAAUCGGUAACGACUCAACGGCUAAAACAACAAGCUCUGGUGGAGAAACCUUAGUAUCGGAAUAUCAACCUGGUUCGCUGCUUCUUGAUUCAAAAUCUUUGGAUAUUUCAACCGAACCAAUAAAACCAAUAAAAGAUACCAUAAACAUAAACAAUUUAUUGUUGAAAAAUCCCAAUCUGAAGUCAAAACAACAUUUUUGCAUUUUUUGUAGUAAGUUGCAAUGUAAACUCGCAAGACAUUUUUUCUUGAAACAUAAAUCGGAAAAACAAAUAAAACGAGCAAUGACAAUGCCAAAGAAGAGUUUCGAACGUUUGCAGAUAUUAGAGGAACUUCGCAAAGAGGGAGACUUUGUCCACAACACAAUGAGCAGAAAAAACUCUGGAAUUUUAAUAACUACGCGACAAAAACUUAAAUCUGGUGAAACUGCGGAGGAAUACACUUGUUGCAAGAAAUGUAAAGGCUUUUACAAAAUAGUAAAUAUUCGUAAGCAUCUGAAAAAAUGUUGUGGUCCAGAAAAUAAAGGGAAUAGAAAGAAUCUAAUUGAGGGACGUCAACUUACACAAUAUAUUCACCCAGCUGCAAGCGAUUUAUUAAAAUUAGAAAUUUUUCCGGUUCUUAACAACGACAAUCUGGUAAAGGAGAUUCGGUAUGAUGAAUUUAUAAUUAAGUUCGGAAAUAAAUUAGCGGAAAAACUUGUACCACAUCAUCAACAUGACCAAGUAAGGGCCAACAUGAGACUUUUGGGGCGAUUUGUAAUUGAAAUGAAAAAAAUAUCACCGGACGUUAAAGAACUUAAAGACAUAUAUAAACCAUAUCUCUACGACAAUGUUGUUUUAGCUUUGAGAAAUACAGCAAAAUGGAAUAUGCACACCGGUUUUGUUACCCCUUCGGUAGCAUCAAGUCUUUCAACCCUAAUAAAAAAGUGUGGACAUACACAGAAAUCCGAAUUUGUAAAAUCUCAGAACUUUGAUUUAAAAGAGCAGCUCAAGGACUUUAUGAUUCUUUGGGAGGAGGACACUCCAAUACAGAUCAAUCGUAGAGCAAUAUUGGAUCAACAAAAAUUGAAAAGAUUGAAACAUGUAACCCUACCCAGGAAAAACGACAUAACAAAGAUGACCUCUUAUUUAAGAACAAAAAUGAGAAAUGCGUUGAGAGUCUUAUCAACAAAGUAUAGCUAUUAUGAAUGGAGAACAUUAGUUCAGACCUCUUUGGUAUAUAUACAAAUGUUUAAUCGAAGAAGAGCUGGAGAGACCGAAAGAUUGUUGAUAGAAAAUUAUAAAUUGAAAAACAGUAUCUGUGAUUCUGACAUGACGGAAGAUUUAGCUAAAACUAUGUCAAAAGAAUCAAUGGAUUAUGCUAAAAGAUUCCUAAGAGUAAGUUUAACUGGCAAACUGGAUAGAGGGGUAAGCGUUUUGCUUGACGAAUUAUGUCAAAGGGCCAUUGAGACCAUAUUGAAAUAUCGCAAAAAAGCUGGAAUCAAGAAAAAUCCAUAAAUUUUUUCCCAAAAAGUUAAAUCCAAUUUGGAAAAAAAAUAUUAUAGGGCUUGUCCGUUGAUGAGAAAAUUCGCAACAGAAUGUGGUGCAGAUAUGCCAAAUACAUUGAGAGGAACCAUACUGCGAAAGCAUAUAUGUAGCUACACACACCUCACUUUUAAAUAUUGGGGAAGCUUCAGUCGACACCCUAGCAAACUUCCUUGGCCAUCACAAAGACAUACAUAAGAGCCAUUAUCGACUUCCAGUGCCAGUGGCGGAAAUCACAACAGUUUCUAAACUUCUGGAAUCAGCAGCAGGAUAUGACCAAGAUGAUGAGGAUGACGACGAAGUUGAGGAGAACCAUAUAGAUAACCAGGACGGUGAGAACGAUAAUGAAAGCAUCGAAAAUGGGGUCAAUGUUGAUAGCAGUGACGGAGACAGUGAUGGAGAAACGAAAGACGAGACCAUGGACAAUGCAAUAAAUAUAACUGAUCUGGAAUCAGAAUAUGAUUUUGAGGAAGAAAGAAGACAAAAAUCAGAUCGAAAAAGAAAUAUUAUAUCAAAAAUAAACCGAUCUGAACCAUACACAACAUGGAUAGAUAUAACAUUGGAAGUACAUACACGCUUUUCUCCGUGGCUCCCGUAUUUUGAUACUUAUCUUCGUUUCUGAGCAACUUGGGGCGCUGAAAUAUUCGGUGGACAGGAGUCGUGUCCCGUGGAAGAUUGGCGGAUGGAGAGCAGAGUGUGCAGGCUUUUCUUCACUUAAUAUUUUGGAUUCAAAAAACUACAAACUGGAUAAUUAAAAUUAUUUUCACUGGAAACUCGUAAAACACUCAAUGUUACCCGAUUCAACACAUACAAAAGGUAAACAGAACAAACCAAAACAAAACAAUUCUCUUUUCUAAACUGUCAGGCAUACCUAGUGUUGCCACUCAAAUACAAUAAUUUGUAUACCGGACCUACGGUUUGCGUAUUGAUCUAUGUCAGCGCGGUGUUGCCAACACCAAUUUAUUUACACAUAAAUUUAAAAUAUGUCAGUUACUCCUACUACCCAGCAAACAAAACGAAAGCUAGCUGAAACAUCACCUGAUUUUGGAAAAAUGGCAAAAAAACCAGUAGGUAAUAUGGACGUGGAAGAGUUAAUGAAUAUAAUGAAGAAUGAAAAAAUUGGAAAGCCUGCCAACUAAGUCGGAUAUUGAAGAAGUAAAAGCAGGAAUAGCUUCUACUUCUGCAGAGCUCGUAGAACUUCGGGAAGAAAAUAGAAAAUUAAAAGAAGAGAUAAAUAUUCUUCAAAAUAAUCAAAAGGAAAGCGAGGAAGAAAUAAAAUGGUUAGAGAAUCAAAUCAAAAACAAUAAGUUAAUAUUCAGGGGAAUUAGUUUUGAGAAGAAUGCAAUGGAGUCUGUGAAGAAAGUCUGCAACAACAUUUUAAAAAUAGAUGUGCAAAUCAUGUCGGCACACAUCUUAUUGAAAUUUAACGAAACUUGCACAGUCAUUGCGGAACUUGAUUCGGAAUCCACAUUAUUAUAUUUAUUAGGAACUACAAGAAAUCUUGCGGGUACCAAAAUCUCGAUAAGCAGAGAUAUAAAUCCAAGGCGCCGACGCAACAAACUAUACAACUUAUCCACCAAGAAAUUAAUCUGGAAUGUGAGUACCAAGCAUAAGAUAACGGUCAGAGACGACAAGUUCAAAAUUCACGAUAAGUGGUUUGUAUGGAGUGGCCAAAACGAAUUAAUUUGUGGAAAAGAUAAAGCUGAAAUUGCAUUGAGAAAACUAUACGGCGAAGAAAUUGAAAAGGAAACAUUUGAUGCCAUUUUGGAAAAAAUAAACUCAAAAAACUUUUAAAUCCUCACAUCUCACUACGCCCUAAAGUGAAUAUAGAUAAGAUAAACAAAUUAAAAAUUAUGUCAUAUAACAUAAAUGGAUUCGAAAAUAAAUUCUUGUACCCAAA